AAGAAAAUCUAUUUAUAGAAUCUAACGCACGCACCUCUCAUACCAUAUCAUAUAAAAGCCAUUUUCACAACUGGCAGUUCCAUUAUGACAAUUUGUUCCCUAAAGGACGUCAAUUGAACAUGUACGUGAAGAUAGCCUUUCUUUUAGUUGUCUGUAUCGGCAUCUCUGCGGCAGAAGACUGUAUCAACACGGACACCACAACAUGCGGACAUGUCAUGUGUGCUCCCGGAUUUACGCCAACCUGUGACUCAAAUAUUUGCACAUGUAUCACAGCUCCCGACCAAUCAGCGUGCAAUAGCUUGGAUGACUGCCAUAAUUACUGGUUUGGAAAUCAUUGUAGACAUAAUAGCAGACAUUGUAUCGAUGGCCAUUGUGAAUGUCGACGACUUAAUUGAUAUGGUAAAUAAAAUAGACAUUUUACCAUGAUUAUAGCUUAUACAU